AUGGAUUCGUUGAUACGCCGGCGUGGAGCUGGGGCUAAAGAUCCGGAAGAAGCCAGUGUGGCAAGAGAACCAGAUUAUACUGCAGCCUUGAGUCAAGCGGGGGCUCCAGGAGCUUCUGGCAUCGGCAUGGGCGACGUGCCGGUGAAUGGCCUUCGGGCAGGGGAGGUUUCCCCAGGGACCUUAGAGUCCGGAAAAGGUGUAGGAAAGCCCGUGGGUGGUGAACUGCCUAUGGCGAAUCCUUUCCAUAGUGACAAAGUGCGGGCCGAAGUGGACCUUAUAAGGAGUCGGCCGGUUACUUUGGAUGGGGAUGCUACCCGAUUGGGUCUGGAAGCAGAAGGCCCAGCUUUGGGGGAGAUCAGCGGAAAUUUUCCGUUGGAACCGAACUAUUCAGCGAUGAUGGGAGCGGAACCUGGUAGAGGAGAUGCUCCGAGAGUGGCCCGGGUGGAAGCCUCGGCGGACUCCCCUUCGAGGGAGUUUGGACGAGGAGACAUGGUUCGUGAAGAGCUGGUUGGUAAGGAAGCCCGUGGCGAGAGCUCUAGGGAGCCCGACUCAACUGUAGAAGCUGAGGAGUCUCGGAGAGAUCCUGUGGAAACAGUGGAGCCGCGAGACCAGGAUGACCGAGAGUUAAUCCCGGUGGAGCUGGAUAGGUUGGGGAAGAUGGAGAAUCUGUUGCUUCAAGUGAUGGAAGAGAAUAAGUCCCUCAAGCGCCGGUUGGAAUGGAAAUGGGAGGUGGAGGUGUCUUCCGAGGGGGGCCGCACUCUUGGUCGGGACAUAGGCUUGAGGUUAGCGUUAGACCCGGGGUCUAUCAUAGCGGUGUAUGACCAGGAUGAUAUCAUCAUGAACAGGUUUGUAAGAGUUUUCCUGAAGCUGUCCGCAUUCUUCGUAAAUGGCAACAGAGUAUGCAAAGAGCUGCAGAAGUCGGGGCAGCGCUUCCCGCUCCUGCAAGCGGAGAGUGAAGCUGUAGCACUGGUCGAUAGUUCAGUGGGUUCAGACAAGCGGGCGAAGGCUGCGGCUUUGAGUGCGGCAAAGGAGUCUGGGUCCGUUCGUCCUCCGCCUCCGCCGCCACCAAAGGUAGCGGCGGAAGUUAGCAUUGCAGUAGUGGGAGCGGGUUCAGGGGAUAAGAAGGGUAAAGGGAAAGGGAAGUCUUCUGAUGGAACGACUCCUGGUUGUUACAAGUUUGCUGAUGGCUCUGGUUGCAAGUUCGGGGAUGCUUGUAUGUUCAAGCAUGAUCGUUCUAAGGCUAGGAAGGAUGGCAGGUGCUUGGCAUGCGGACAAGCAGGCCAUUUCCGACCUGAUUGUCCGUUGGUAGCUCCUGAGAAUCGGCCGGUUGUUAGUGAACAGAGCUCCGAUGGGUCCCCGAAUUCCUCAGGAGGGAAAGCUAAGGCUAAGGCUAAGGCUAAGUCUGGGGUCCAGGCAAAAGGGGUGACUGAGGAAAAAGGGGAGGCAGCCGCCAGUAGCGCCAGUGGGGCUGCAGCCAGCCUGAGCGCAACGGUAAGCCAAGAAGCUCUAGUCGCCGAGGCGACCAAGUUGUUAAAGGGGGUUUCUUUGCGAGCACUUACGCUAGGAGAGGUGGACUCUUCUUGGCUUAGGAGUGCUCUGGCUUCUGCGUCGGAUCCUGAAUAUUGUUUGGUGGAUAGCGGAGCUACGAAUGCUCUUCGUCCCGCGGAAGAUACCGAGCUUGAGGGGUGCAAGGUGAUUCGGGUCGACCUUGCGUCUGGAGGCGCGGAUCUUCGGAUUAACGGUUAUGGGACUUUGCUACAUGUGGGUCAGUGUCAAGUCAUCUUGCCUGCGAGCUACCUUGUUGAACUGGGGUAUGUCAUAUCUUGGAAAAGGAAGCGUUGUAAGAUCAAGCAUCCUAGGUUGCUAGGUUUGAAGCUCCUUCAGGAAUACGAGGAAAGAAAGGCUGGUAGACCUGUGUUGAGCAAGGCCGAGAUAGAGGACCUGGGAGGUAUUUUGGAGCCGCAGGAUGCUAAGGAUGGGUUAACUGAUUGGUCUGAGCUUCCUGGAAUCGACGGUUUAGGUGUUAUAGGUGCAGUGGUAAAGGGGGCUUCGAGUAGACAUGAGGGUAAGGCUGCGAUGCACAAUAACCAAUCGUCGCGGGGCGGCUCCCCUAACGAGGAGCUGGUAGUUCCAGAGGUAGGUGCAGAGAGUCAAGUUUUUCUGGCGUUUGAUCCGGUGGAAAUGGACAGCCACAUCCACCCGAUGGGGCCGACGAGAUCGGCCGAGGGCCAGGCAAAAGUAGCGCUGGAGGCUUUGGAAGCUCUGGGGUUUGGUCAAGGCUGUCCCGGAGUAGGACCGUUGAUUUCGGGGUUGUCUUGGAACGUGGAGUCUAGUGGACGAGACCAAGGAAAAGGGUAUAAGUAUUUCCUUGCGUGUGCUUAUACCGUGCCCAAGGGUUAUGAGUUGCGUGUGGAUGAUGAGCCUGUUGCAGCUGAAGCAGAGUUUAUGGAAGAUGAACUGGAGGCUGUACGGGAGCAUCCAGAUCGCGAGGAUCCUGUGGGUCAGGGACCUGCAGGGUCACUGCCAGCACUGGACCUUCUGGAGCUGCCGGAAGGGCCUGGACUUUGUGCGGUUUCGUUUCGUGUGAAAGGAAAACAACCUGAAAGGGAGACUGGAGGUUCUGAUGAAGAAAAGGAUGAUGGGGGUGGUGUUGGUCCCCUUCCCCCUGCCCCGGUUGAGUCUAAGGUUUUCCAGUUCAGUGGUACCACGCGGAUAGAGCUCAGGCGUACGCAGACAGGGUACCAGUCGCAAUGGGAGUCUAGGAGUAAGCGCUCCGCACCGUUCGCAGUGAAAGUCGUAGCUGCUGCUGAUGUUUCUGUUUCCUCGAUUUUUGAGCGGCAUGGCCUUGAGUUUCAGGCUCCGGAAGGGGAAUGUGAAGUUUUGGGCUCGUUUGAGGAUGAUCUUGACACUGGGGAGUCUGGUGAGUUUCUCGAGGCUAAGGUAAGGGAAGUGGUAGGGCGAUACUUCUUGGUCUUUAUGGUGUUGGGGGUUUUCAUGGGAUUACUAGAGCUACGGGAGCCUAUCCAGAGGUUGUUCGGAGGUGGGCUUUGGAUUGAAGAUGAAUACAAUGAUGGGCCAGUAGGUGAAGUUCGUUGGGUGAUAUCUGCAUUUACUCCCAGGGACGUUGCAGCCACGACCGAUGAUCAUUGGAAAGAGCUUGAGGAAUUGGGCUUUCCAGCAGAGGUACCGGAGGAAGUUGAGUGGGAUGUGUGUUUUCCGGUUCCGAUUGUUGACGAGGAGGUCCGAGUUGGUUUGGAGCGUCGACAUGAUGUGGAGUCUAGCAGCUUCACGAUUCUGAACAGCUAUGUGAGUGGCUUGAGGUGUCGGGCAGUGUGCUGCGGCAACUACCUACCCACAGAGAAGUUGGGCCUCACGAGGGAGGAUUUGUAUGCCUCGGGAGCCGAGUCGCUUUCAGUUAAGAUUGCUCUAAUCUUUGCUGCUGGGCAUCCUUCUUGGACUGGCGUUACUAUUGAUGUGAAGUCGGCAUUUUUAUAUGCCCCCAUACGGAGUGAUACCAAGGGCACUGAGGAGCGCAUCAUUGUGAAACCGCCUAAUUUUUUGUUGGAACUUGGUAUUAUGACAAAGGAUGACAGGUGGUGGAUCCGCAAAGCCCUUUACGGGCUCCCUACGUCCCCGCGGGACUGGGGAAGAUACCGUGAUGCGGAAUUCGCUCAGUUCCGCUUGCGUUGGGGAGAAGAUGAGUACCAUUUGGUGCAAACGCUUUCCGACGACGCAUUGUGGGUGGCCCGAAAGGCUACGAAGGCGGGGUACGGUGAUACUGCAGGCCUCCUGGUCGUGUACGUCGAUGAUCUAUUGUUCCUGGCUCCAAAAGGCCUCGGGGAAGCUUUUGUGCGGGCUGUUCAGGAGAGAUGGAAGACAUCCAUGCCCGAGUGGCUCAGCACGAAGCCUUUGACGUUUUGCGGUAUGGAACUUUCUCAGCAUGAUAAUGGAUAUCACAUGGGCCAAAAUGCUUAUGGGCGUGAACUAUUGGGGCGCUACAGUAUCGAUGAGUCUUCGGCGACACCAAUCACCAGAUGGACGGAGCCAGAGGUGGGUCCUCCGCCUUUGGCGGAGGAAGUGAAAGAAGCUCAGGCGAUAACGGGAGCCCUUCUGUGGUUGUCGUCUACGCUGGAUGUUGGUAUUGAUGUUCCGUAUGAAGUAGGGAGCACUUUUUCAGAUCAUGGGUGUUCCAGUGACUUGGGAAUCUUCCCGCCAAUCAUUUGUGACUUUGUCGUCGGCAGAGGCUUGGCAUUACUGGCCCUGCUUCCACGCGUUCAAGGGCAGCCAGCUGAAGACCGGCUGGGGGUUAGUUGGAGCUGGGUGAGUUGGACCUUUGGAAUGGUGGUUGCUUGCGUAGUGGGCUUGUGGGUAGGUUGGUGUGCUUCGGGUUGGUUUGGGCCCAUUUUGGUGGGUGGUUUUGAGGACCUUGUUGGUGUUGAUCUGAGCGGGCCAGAUGAAGAGGCAGAGAGUGGAGCUCAAAGUUCCUCUUCGGAUGGGGCGCUCUUUGACGAGGUUCCAUUCAUGAGGCCUGAAACUAACCCGGGUGUAGCUUUGGACCCACAACCUGGUUGCGGUUUGGUUGAGGCUGGAUCGGGUUCGGAAGGAGGUUCCGAGGAUGAUGAUUUUACACACCAAGAGUGGCUGGCUGUGCAGGCUAAACUUGAGAGGGUAGAAAGGUUCACAGGCCUAACUUCUAUACAACGAUGCAGGCUCAGAAGGGCUCUGGCCCUUGGGGACAUUAUCGAGCCCCCGGUGUUUCAACAACGUUUUGGCGCUCCACCUGAGUGGUUGACUUCUGGGGGUGGUGAAGCCUCUGAGAAUACUGGAGAGUUGUGUUCUGAAGUAGCUUCGCAGGUUGGAGAGGCAGGUUUGGAAGGUUACCGGGGUGUCGGGUUUUUAAGGAUUCUGGACUUGCCUGGUGGACGUUUGUUGGGAUAUCUGGGCUUCAGGUCUGUAGAGUGGAACUACCUUCGGAGAACAGCCAGAGCGGUGUUUCAUCAUGCGCUGAUGGUCCUAGUUGCCCGGUUUCAAGAUACUGGGGUCCCUCACACACUUCCAGUGGGGAUGACAGGUCGAGUGGAGUUUCAUUUUGUGGCUGUAGAUGGGGACUACCGUUGGGUCCCUGGGGAGCUCUUUGUUGGGGAAGGUUCAGAUGAAGGAGCUCCGAACGCGGGUCCUCAGGUCAGGGGGAGUUCAAGCGAAGUUCCAUCUGAUACGGGUCUUCAGGUUCCGGGGAGUUCCAGCGAAGUUCCAUCUGAUACGGGUCUUCAGGUUCCGGGGAGUUCCAGCGAAGUUCCAUCUGAUACAGGUCUUCAGGUCCCGGGGAGUCUCAGCGAAGUUCCCUCUGAUACGGGUCUUCAGGUUGGGGGGAGUUCUAGUUUGCUACCUGGGGAAGAUUCGGUUUGGAAUGGCGACUUGAGUGAGGGCUGGGCAGGUCAGGUAGGCACUUUUCCAGUUUCGAGUGUUCAGGUUGGAGGGAGUGCAAGCAGUACUGACCCUUGCCCACCUACAAACCACCAGCAUGGAGGGAGCUCAAACAGUCACGGGAUGGGGCAUCAACAGGCUUCCUGGGGCUUGACGUAUGAGGAUUUGACGGGCGGUGAUGUCGAACUAGAAGAUUUCCCGUUGGUGGGGGUUUGGUUUAGAACGCACUUUCUGGUUCAAGUGUUUUCGGUGUCGGGGGCAGUGGUUCUUGGGUGGUUAGGAACUAGGGUCCCGGAGUGGUUGUGUCUAAGGAGUGCGUCGAGUGCGGUUCGACAUGCCUUUUCCGCUUCGGUAGCUGAGGCUUUACGAGGAGGACCUUACAUGGUGAUGUUCUCUGGUCCCCAGUGGCAGAUAGCUGUAGACGAGUAUGUUUUGACGGGUUACCCUUUGAAUGAGGAGGACACCGAGGUAGAGCCACAAGGAGGACCUUUGUCUGUAGCGGAGGGCGCAGCUGUUGGGUUUCCUUAUGUGGAGUGGCCUCCUACGGUGGUGGUGCACUUCUUGUGGAGGGUGUUCGCGUUGUGCGGUAGUCGGAUCUUGGCUUGUCUUGGGGAUAGAACACGCGAGUGGGGCUACAUGUAUGCUUCGGCGAAGGGGUUUCGUUCCCAUGUGGUGUAUGCUCUCAUUUGUUGGCUUCGUAGCACGGGGAUUCAAAGGAUGGUGGAUGGUCCUAUUUCCUAUGAUGCAGCUCAAGCUUAUCUACACUCCGGAGUCCGGUCUUAUCCGUUUGAAGAAGCUUCGGAGGAAGAGGACUUGGAGCUUGAUGAAAGGCCCCAUCGAGCGCCACUGCAGAGGGGUCCGGUGUUGCAUCUGAGACCUGUUGUAGAUGAGUUGUUGCACGUUCCCUCUUCGGAGGAGGAUGUAAGUAGCUCUACGGCUGAGCCUUCCGAGACAUUCGCGGAAUUGUCCGAUGGAAAUGAAGGAGAGGGCACUCCUCAAAGGCCCCCUCAGCAAGGGAUUGUGUAUAUGGCUGGGGAAGGGGUGUUGUUUUGUUUGUAUGGGGAUGAUUGUGUUCAGGUUCCUUUGCAAGGGUGGAGUAUGUCGGAUGUAGCUGCUAUUGUACAAGGGCUGAACACUGGGGACUGGUCUGAUUUCCAAAGGGUGAUGUCCGAGGGAACCUUAACAGCACCAGGGAUUCAAGACGAGCCGCGUGCCCCACUUGAGGAUGAGCUUAGGGGUGGAGCGCUGAGUUCAGGGUUGAGUUCUGGUAGCUCCUCUUCAGUUGGGAUUUGGGGAUGGCAUCGAAGGUGUUGGAUCUUCUUGCUGCUACUGUGGUUGGAGGUACAGGCUGUUAGGGCGUGUGGAGUUGAGAUUGAAGAGGAUAGGGUGGAACAAUGUUCUGAGGACCAAGGUGUAAUGCUGUGGAAAGGUAGUCCCCUUGAUCAGGAUGCGGUUAUGCCCGAGGGAGAUUGGAUUCGGUGUGAUGGUUCGGUCUUUUGGGAGAUAAGUAAAGUCGUCGUUGUGGUGUUGAUCUGGGAAAUCGUACGGCGCAGUUGCUGCAGCGGUACAGCAUCCGUUAGGAAGCCGGUUGAUGCUGAGAGUCAGACAACUUCGUUUAACAUUGUACCCUUGCCCCUAAGUGGGCAAGUCAGGUGCAGGGCAAAGAUUCUGUUUUGUCUCUGGCGUGCCGGUUUUAAGAUCGAUGCGGAAGGUUACCCGGAGAGGAUUCAGUCUGAAUUCCAUGCUCUUGUGGGUGGCUAUAUGCUUAGGGUUGAGUCUGGAGGUAUUACGAGUUCGGAUUCAGAUUGA